AUGUCCUCCUCCUCUCUUCUGUGCUGCCUGCUGGUGGUGUGUGUUCUGGCUGUGGUCCAGAUCUAUGCAGCAGAGGAACGUAAGGUUCUCAAGGUCUUCAACCUCCGUGCCAGCGACCUGAACAGCGGCUUGUUCCAGACCCCUGAUGCCUACGUCAAGGUAAAUCUCUCCUCACCUGAGUCACCUGUCCACCAUGAUAGAUGAUGUGUGGUGAUCUGUCAGGUGCCAAAUGUCUGGGUGAUACACAUUGGUGGUGGAUGAGAUCCCCCUCUCCCCUUUACAAUAUGAAUAUAUAUAUAUAUAUAUAUAUAUAUAUUUAUCAUGACGGUGAUGUUUAUGAUGAUGAUUAACAUUAUCAUUAUCAUCAUUAUCAUCAUCAAUAUUAUAAUUCAGGUGUUUAUGGGCUCCGGCUACGGUGGGAAGACAGAGGUAAAGAACGACGACACUGACCCCUGGUGGAAGGAGGACUUCAACUUCUUCAACGCCCGUGAGAACGACCCCCUGAGGCUGGAGGUGUACGACUCAGACGUGAUCUUCGACGACCUGCUGGGGACCUGUGAGCGCUCCAUCAAGAGCGGAACUUGGCAGCAUAGCUGCUCCAUCAAGAGGGGAGGGAUCCUAUCCUACUCCUACACCCUAGAGCCUCUUCAGUAGACCCUGUACUACUCCUACACCCUAGAGCCUCUACAGUAGACCCUGUACUACUCCUACACCCUAGAGCCUCUAAAGUAGACCCUGUACUACUCCUACACCCUAGAGCCUCUACAGUAGACCCUGUACUACUCCUACACCCUAGAGCCUCUACAGUAGACCCUGUACUAUUCCUACAUCCUAGAGCCCCUACAGUAGACCCUGUACUACUCCUACACCCUAGAGCUUCUACAGUAGACCCUGUACUACUCCUACACCCUAGAGCCUCUACAGUAGACCCUGUACUACUCCUACACCCUAUAGCCCCUACAGUAGACCCUAUAAUACUCCUACACCCCAAUGCCUCUACAGUAGACCCUGUACUACUCCUACACCCUAGAGCCUCUACAGUAGACCCUGUACUACUCCUACACCCUAGAGCCUCUACAGUAGACCCUGUACUACUCCUACACCCUAGAGCCCCUACAGUAGACCCUAUAAUACUCCUACACCCCAAUGCCUCUACAGUAGACCCUGUACCACUCCUAUACCCUAGAGCCCCUACAGUAGACCCUGUACUACUCCACCUGAGAGCCCCAAGCCUAGACCAAAGCCUCUCCUCUUAUCCACAACAACCUGUCAAAACUCUGACCUCACUCUAA